UGCAGCCUGUCAGGCCGGUGACUUGGAAAGGAAUAAUUUACGAAUUAUUCCCUUUUACCAAGACGAAACGUCCCAAAAUUGUGUUAAUGAAGUGAAAAGUGCAGUGUAAACCAUGGCGCGAUACGGUCAAAGACCGGAAAAUGCCCUCAAACGGGCCAAUGAGUUUAUGGACCUGAACAAGCCCGCUCGGGCGCUGGACACCUUACAAGAGGUGUUCCGCAACAAGAAAUGGGCUUACAACUGGUCGGAGUCGGUGCUGGAACCGAUCAUGUUCAAGUAUCUGGAGCUGUGCGUGGACCUCCGCAAGUCUCACAUCGCGAAGGAGGGGCUCUUCCAAUACCGGAACAUGUUCCAGUCGGUGAACGUUGGGUCUUUGGAGCAAGUCAUUAGAGGCUAUUUACGAAUGGCAGAAGAGAGAACGGAGGCCGCCCGGGCCCAAUCCACACAAGCGGUCAUUGACACAGAUGACCUGGACAACCUCGCUACGCCUGAGAGCAUCCUGCUGAGUGCUGUGUCCGGGGAGGAUGCACAGGACAGAUCUGACAGGACUAUACUUACUCCAUGGGUGAAAUUCCUCUGGGAGUCCUACUGCCAAUGCUUGGAGCUGCUCCGCACGAACGCGCAUGUGGAGACCCUGUACCACGACAUCGCUCGCAUGGCGUUCCAGUUCUGCCUGAAGUACUCGCGUAAGACUGAGUUCAGGAAGCUCUGUGACAAGCUGAGGAAGCAUUUGGAGGAUAUCUGCAAGCCCACUGUACAAACUGGCAACGUGAGCAUCUCCAAGCCGGAGACGCAGCAACUCAAUCUUGAGACUAGAUUGUUCCAGCUGGACAGCGCUAUUCAGAUGGAGCUGUGGCAGGAAGCCUACAAGGCCAUUGAAGACAUCCACAGCCUCAUGAACAUGUCCAAGAAGACGCCUGUGGCCAAGACCAUGGCCAACUACUACGGCAAGCUCGCCCUGGUCUUCUGGAAGGCCGGCCACUGCCUGUUCCACGCUGCAGCCCUGCUGAAGCUGUUCCAGCUGUCUCGGGAGAUGAAGAAGAACAUCACCCAGGAGGAGCUGCAGAAAAUGGCGUGCCGCGUGCUCGUCGCCGUACUGUCUGUGCCGCUGCCCUCACUGCACCCGGAGUUCGACCGCUUCGUGGAGACUGACAAGAGCCCCGUUGAGAAGGCUCAGCGCCUGGCUGUGUUGCUCGGUCUUGCUCAACCGCCCACCAGGACCAGCCUGCUUAAAGAUGUGGUCCGUCUCAACGUGGUGGGCCUGGCGUCUCCGCAGCUGCAGCAGCUGUACGCCUGGCUCGAGGUGGAGUUCGACCCUCUGACCAUCUGCCACAACGUCAAGGGAGUCAUCAAGGCCCUGCAGGAAGAACCCAACUCCCCCCUGGUCCAAUACACAAACGCCCUAAACGACGUGGCCCUCGUCCGCCUCGUGCGCCAGGUGGCCCAGUGCUACGCAUGCGUGCAGUUCCCGCGCCUGCUGCAGCUGGCUGCCACCGACGACCUGUUCCACCUGGAGCGUCUCCUGGUGGACUGCGUGCGCCACAACGACAUGCAGAUCCGCGUCGACCACGCCAACAAGUGCGUGCACUUCGGCGUGGAGGCCGGUGGCGGUGAGUGGUGCUCCGCCGCUGAUGAGGCCUGCGGCGGCGCCAUCCUGCAGGCCACACCCGCUGAGGAGGUCCGCGAGCAACUAGUCCGCGCCGCCGAAGUCCUUUCCCGCGCCGUGCAAACCCUGUUCCCCGCUCGCCGGCGAGCCGAGCGCGAGCGAGCGCGCGCGCACAUGGUGCAGCACUACCACGAGCACAAGCACGCCGAGCACCAGCGCGUGCUGCAGCGGCACAAGAUCAUCGAGGAGCGCAAGGAGUACAUCGAGCGGCUCAACACCGUGCGCGAGGAGGAGGAGCUUAGGCGUCAAGAAGAGCAGCUCCGCAUCGCCGCCGCGGCCGAGGCGCGUCGCCAGGAAGCCGAACGCGAGGAACGAGAGAAGCGUCGCCAUGCCUCAGAAAUGGCCGCCGUGCGCGAGCGACAUCUGCGCGAGAGGAUCGCUCAUAUCUCUCAGAGCGAUGUUGGCAAACGCGUGCUGUCCAAGCUGGAUGAAGAGGUGCUGAAGAAAAUGGACGCCGAAGCCAUCGCCCAGCGUGAAGCUGAAGAGUUGAUGAAGGAGCGCCGAGAGCUGCAGGCCAGACUCAAGUCUCAAGAGAAGAAGGUGGACUACUUCGAGCGGGCCAAACGCCUGGAGGAGAUCCCUCUGCUCCAGAAGAGUCUGGAAGAGAAACAAGUCCAGGACAAGGCCUUCUGGGAGCAACAGGAGAAGGAACGCAUCCAACAACUUAUCGAGGCCCGCACUCGCGAUGUAGCUACUGCCGAGCGUAUGUCCCGCAUGCAUGUUCAUCGCGACGAGUUCAUCUCACGCCUGUCUGCUGAGCGCGGCGCCGCUCAUCAACAACGUCUUAAGGCCUUCGCUGACAAGCUGGCGGCUGAACGCGCUAAGAGGCGCGCGGAGAGGGCUCAACAGAGGGCCGAACAGCGCCGGCAGGAGUGGCUGGCAGAAAAGCGUCGCGCCGAAGAGCGCGCAGCUGAAGAAGCACGCCGCAUCAAGGAGGAAGAGGAGCGCAAGGAGCGAGAGGAGAAGGAGAGGAAACUGGCGGAGGAGCAAGCCGCCGCCCGAGAACGCAAGGAGAAGGAGGAGAGGGAGCACCAAGAGUACCUAGCCCGCGUGGAAGCCAAGGCGCGCGCCAAGGAGGCCGAGGUGCAGCGCCGCCUCGAGGAGCAGCGCGCCGCCGCCGCCGCCUCCUCCUCCUCCUGGCGCCGCGGAGACCCCGUGCCGCGGGACAGGGACGGGAAACCGGAGGACAAGGACAGCGCCUGGAGGAGCAAGGGAGACGCCAAGGACGACAAGAAGGCUGAGCCGUGGCGACCGGCACGCGUGCGCGAAGGCGGCCCUCGCGACGAGCGACCACGCUCUCCCGAGCGGCGUCGCGAUGAACGCCCACCACCAGCCAGGGACGACAGAGACAGACGCGACGAGCGCGGUCCCCCGCGCGACGAGCGUGGUCCCCCGCGCGACGAGCGUGGUCCCCCGCGCGAUGAGCGUGGUCCCCCGCGCGAUGAGCGUGGUCCCCCGCGCGACGAGCGUGGUCCCCCGCGCGACGAGCGUGGUCCCCCGCGCGACGAAGGCGCGUGGCGUUCAGCUCGCGACACCCGUGACGCCAGGGACCCGCGUGACGCACGGGACACUCGCGACUCGAGGGACUCCAGAGACGCUAGGGAACCGGAGCGAGACAGACCUCGCUACGGUGGACGCUCCAGCGGCCCCGGCGCCGACGGCGGCGGCAGCUGGCGCCGUGGACCCGCCGACCCACCUCCGGCACCUUCCGAACGCUCAUCAGCCUGGCGCACCAAAGACGUGCCGCCCCGCGACGACCGUUAUCGUGACGCUCCGCGCGGCGAUCGCGACGGGCCCCGCGACCGCGACGGUCCCCGCGACGGUUACCGCGGUGGUGACCGCGGCGGAGACCGCUACCCGCCGCGUCGCGACGACGGCCCGCGACGCGACGAGCGGGACGGACCGAGACGAGACGACCGUGACGGGCCGAGGCGUGACGACCGCGAUGGACCGCGGCGUGACGACCGCGACCACCGUGAUGACAGGGAUAGACGCCCGCCGCAGCGCCGUGAGGAGAAACCCCGCGACCCCGACGGUGAUGACUGGCAGCCCGUCACACGACGCUAAGCGCACACAGUAUCACCAGAGACCACUUCAUUACAAAUACCAUCUUGUGUACGGUACUAGGUUGAUUAUUGUAUACCAGUGACCUAUUUCACCACAGUGACAUUGACACUGACAAUUCUGUGCCUGGACUUCCGGUUCGAGCGCCAUCUUAGUGGUCUCGUUGAUAAUUCCUUUUUUUCUCAUUAAUAUUGUUUAAGUGUAAUAUCGAUAGCUUAUUAUGCAGUAAACUAAUGAGAAACUGUUGAAGAAUUAAUCUCGAAGCGCGUUUAGCCACAUUUUUCGUCGUCAACAGCUGGUAGUCUACGUGCUCUUGUAAAAUCUAGCUAUCAAUUUACAAGUUCGAAAUAAUCACCGUACACUGUCGUACUUACCGUAACAAAACCAUUAAUACUUUUAACCGACUUCAAAAAAAGGAGGAGGUUCUCAAUUCGACU